UGAUGAAAAGGCCCAGCCGAGCCGCUCGCCAGGUAGCCAUAUUCCUUGGUAGCAUAGCCCCAAAAGAUAAUGUUGAUAAGAGGUCCUGGGAGAGAAAUGGGCAUUAUAAAUGGGAUAUGAAUAUUCAUCUUAGUAAAGCAGCUCCAACUCUCAACCCUAUCGUGAGCCAAGCUAGUUGCACAUUCUUGGCAAAGUCAUCCAUCUCUCUUGCUUGGUCCUGGUAGAUAUCGAGUUAGGGUAUUUUACAAUGAAGCCUAUUAAAUGGGGUAGCAGCUUCUCAUUUGUUGCGUCGGUAUUGGCGAGGGAUGUUCACGGCCGGUGUCAAGGUGCCGAGGUGAUAACUCGCGACAUCGCCAUCGUCGGCGGAGGUGCGACAGGCACUUAUGCGGCUAUCAACCUUAAAGACCAGGGAAAGUCUAUUGUCGUCAUCGAGAAACAUGGAGCGUUAGGCGGUCACGCCUCCACGUACCAUGACCCUGCAACAGGAACCCCUAUCAAUUACGGCGUGCAGCUGUACUAUGAUGACCAGAUCGGCCGCUCCUUUUUUGCCCUUCUCAAUAUAACCGUCAGCAGAGGAACAUUCCCCGAUAGCAAGACUCCGCUAUAUAUCGACUUUACGGAUGGCUCACCUGUUUUGAACUACUCCAUCCCUCCUCCUGGUGAAGACUACUUCCAGGCGCUCCACAAGUACCCCUAUCUGGAAAACGGCCUCGAGCUGCCCGACCCAGUGCCUGAGGAGUUGCUCCUGACUUGGGCUGAGUACUUGGAACAGUUCAAUCUUACCGACGAGGCUAUUGCCACGUACUCCAGGCCGGCCGUCUCCGGUGACAUAACUAAAAUCCUCGCCUUAUAUGUCUUUAAUAAUCUCAACACGGUCAUGCUGGAAGAAGAGCUAGAGGGCAAGAUCAUUGUCAAUUCGAACAGCGAUUUAGCUGAACCUUAUAGUAAAGCCCUGGCCGAGCUCGGUUCCGACGUUCUCCUCAACUCUGUUGUGACCGGAGGCCAACGAGGUAGUAAGCCCACCGACGGUGUGAGGCUCUGCGUAUCGACCCCUAGAGGAAAUAAACGUGUAAUCGCCAAGCAGCUAGUAUUUUCGGCACCGCCCGUGCUAGAGAACCUAAAGCCAUUCGGCCUGGAUGAGCGUGAAACGAACAUCAUAUCGCAGUUCGAGGGGGGAUGCUACUACACAGGAGUUGUGACAAACUUGGGGCUACCGACGAAUUAUAGCUACGUGAACCGGGGACAGCAGACGGAGUCCCACAUAGCGAGUGUGCCGGGAGUCGUAAUGUUCAACCCGACAAAGGUAGAGGGGACGUAUUACUACUGGUAUACAUCCCUCUCGGACCUGACGAAGAAUCAGGUAGAGACGGACACGCGCGACACGCUCAAGCGCUUGCAGAAGACGGUGACGGGUGCAGAUGUGAAUGCCGAGCCGAUUUUCAUGGCUUUUAAGAGCCACACACCGCUGCACCCGACUGCUAGUGCGGACGCCAUUCGUAAAGGCAUCUACCGCGACGUAUACUCCCUGCAGGGUUACCGCAACACUUGGUACACGGGUUCACUCCUCGUUACCGGGUCUUCCCAGCUAUGGAACAUUACCAGCCAGCUUCUUCCGAGGAUCAUUGCUGCUUUAGAGCGGUAGAUAGCUCCGAGUCUUGGUAAUUUGCCUGCCUAUGCGGUGUAUCAGGAUUCUAGAUGAGACAUCUAGAUCAAAGAACACUAUUAGUAUGUAUAGCCGUAGGCUCCCUUGUCUAGUUUAGAGUUUCUCGCGCAACAGCGAUGUUGUUUCCUAGCUUCUUGUCCCACCUUGUGGCAUGAGGCGUGUAUAGCAAUGUAGUUACAUAGUCGCGCAUGUGAAUCGGCUAGAUACAUAUGUUUUAUCUGCUAUAUGAUCCAUUCUAACUCCACAGUGUAAGGAAAUCAUAUCUCCUCGGCUAUAGAAUAGAAACGAAUACCACACACUUACUAUUUACGGGAAAGGGAUUAGAGUCGAGUAAUUGUGUUGGUAUUUUUGUAUACAAAGGAGUAGUAGCUAUGUGUGCCUCAUAUAAAACCACCAUAGCAUAGGGGAUAGUCCUCAUAGCUUAUUAAUAAAGCUGAAUACAUAAAAUAAACUCAAACCAGGAUAUAGAGCCCCAAUCCUCCCACAUGGCCUUUUUCUAAAUUGCUGGUCAGUUCGGGUUCCGCCUCUUUCCACGCGAUAGGCUCAAGUCACAAUAUUUUAUGUGGGCAAACCUUGCAUAUAUCAUAUAGCUACACCUUUGGUAAUUAUUGGAAUAUACAUGAGUUAAGUCAACGAUUUCGAUGAGUCAGUUAAUAGC